CAGGUUAUGGACCUCAAAUUAGAAUUUCUUUACAAUUAACAACAAAAGAUGCAAGGUUAUUGGUCCUGAAAGAGUAAGCAUGAGUGUACGAGUAACCACUAAUGCAGUUACAUAUAUUUUCCAUGGAUGGUAUAUUCCUAAUGUGAAUGAAAAUACAUUGUCCCCCAAAUGUUUGUGAAGCCAGAUCACCAUAACAAUACUCAUGUUAUCUCAAGGUUGUAAACAGCAUAUGCUAUAUAAAACAGCUGGAAAGUCUUUUACGGAACAGACUUAUGUGAUCAGUUGGGGGAUAAUCAUUAUUUGAACUUGUUAAAACAGUAUCUAAGAUGAUUAAAGUUGCAAUAUUCUUUCUAUUUUUGACAGUAGUCUGUUGUGCAAAUGGGUAUCGACAGGGAGAAGAUCUUGGAAAUCCGUUCAUCCGCAAUUACAGAUACACAGAUGGAAAUCAAGAAUUAAGCGACAGAGAAUGGCAGAUGAGACGUGAAAUAGAAAGAAGAAAUCAGAGACAAAGGGCUAUUAACCAACAGGCAGAAAGAUUAGCUGAGUGGUUCGAAGGAAAUUACGAAGAAAAUGAACAAGAGCGGUAUGAGCGAGACAGAGAACAGCAGAGAUGGAGAGUAAGAGAAGAGGAAUAUGAACCAGUUUAUGAAAGGAAUGUACAACCUUAUUGGACGCCUUAUGAAUAUGAUUCUCAAGCAUAUCCCUGGGGCGCCUACGCCGUGCCUUAUGUGUAUUAUUAAAUCAGACGGACAUUCACAUUAUUAUUGUUUUAAAAUACAAAAUUAUUUAUUAAAAGUAUUUAUUGC